AUGUCUUUUGAAUGCAUCAAGCCUGAGGAUAAUAGACUAACUAGUCUUGACAAGGAAGUAUGUAUCCUUGUUCACAAAUAUCAGGCCAUCAAGACACCCAGAACAGUCAUCCACCUGUCAAAGACUCCUGGGUACUGGGAGCUCUUUAACCAUGUGUUCGAAUACCAUAUUGGCCUGAUCAAAACGCGCUCUCAAAGCUUCGAGGAUGGCCAAAUCACAGUAUACGACAAGGCAUUGUUAAUACUCACCAACAACGGGAAGAGUUUGUCUCACUUCGGAGCCAUCGAACUGUUCAAAGAUGAGAUAUUGGGUAUAAGGAAGGACGAUGAUAUGGGAAGACUGGACGCGUUGUUUAGCAAGAAUAUUGCUCUACGCGCUAUUCUUGGACAUGUUACUGGAUGGAGAAAGGAAACAGCCCUUGACAACGCUCUGACCGAUGCCACGACGCCAGUUUUCGGGAGCAAGCAGAGUAGUCACCAGCAACAAGGGACUUCUGAUCCCUUGACGCCGCCUCCUAGUGCUUCCAUCCGAGAGUUGCAUCAAAGCCUUCCCAAUAUGUUUAUAGCUUUCGCCACGGCUCAGCUUGAGCAUGCCAGAAUUAAGAGCACAAAGACGGUAAAACUCGUGGGUGACAGCGCAGAGAACCUACUUCGUCAUCUUCGUGAUCAUGACCCAACGCACUACAUGAUCCCCGUACUGAAACAAGCCUCCAGAAUGGCUCAACGCGAGAUGGGGGAGAUAAACAGAGGGAAAAAGCGGUCACUUGAUAUGACAGACAAGGGAACGGUCGGCUACUCGGCCCGCCGUAGUAGUAGUAGCAGUGGGUGUUCAACUUCUGUGGACAAACCGCGUGUUUCACGCCGACGUCGACGGGGAGUCCGUGGACAGGCCGACUGCUACCGGCCAUAG